UAUAUUGUAAGAAAUAACCGAGUCAAUAGCCACUUUACUCUUCUUCUGCCUUUCUUCUGAGAUAUUGAUCAGAUAGCUGCAAUCGAUGGAGUUGGGAAAUAGAUGGUCUCUUCGAGGAGAAACAGCCUUGGUCACUGGUGGAUCCAAAGGGAUAGGAUGUGCUAUUGUGGAAGAACUAGCAAGAUUUGGAGCAGCAGUUCAUACGUGCGCCAGGAAUGAAGCAGAGCUGAAACAGAGUUUGCAGAAAUGGAGAGACCUGAAGCUUCAGGUGACUGGUUCGGUCUGUGACGUCUCCUCCUCGGAAGAGAGGGAGAAGCUCAUAAAGGAAGUCAGCGCCAUCUUCAACGGCAAACUCAACAUCCUGGUUAAUAAUGCAGCAUCUGCUUACGUUAAACCAGUUUUAGAAGUGACUCAAGAGGAAUACAAGCAUACCAUGAACAUCAACUUGGAAGCUGGUUUCCAUUUGAGUCAACUCGCUCAUCCUCUUCUCAAGGCAUCUGGACGAGGCAAUAUCAUCUUCAUUUCCUCAACUGCUGGUCUCCAAGGAAAAUUUUCUAUGUCCGUCUAUGGAGCGUCUAAGGGAGCCCUGAACCAACUCACUAAAUGUCUCGCUUGCGAGUGGGCUAAGGAUAAUAUUCGUACCAAUUGUGUUGCACCCCGUAUGAUCGACACACCUAUGGCUAAACCGUUCACGGAGAAUGAAGAACUGGUAGCGAAGUGGUGUCAUCAUACUCCGCUUGGGCGUGUGGGAGAACCUGAGGAAGUGGCAGCUUCGGUGGCAUUUCUUUGUCUUCCUUCUUCCUCUUUCAUCACCGAUCAAGUGAUUAUGGUCGAUGGAGGUAAAACAAUAAGCGGUGACUAUUAAAAUGUAAUAUAAUUGUUAUAUCUAUAUGCUUAUUAUAUGAAUUGUAUACACUUUGAUAAAGACAUGGGCAUGUAUGCCUUAUUCAAAUAUCAUAUUGUAUGAUGGAAUAGCUUCCUAAUGAUCGUUCUAGGCUUCUUAGAAGCUUUGGUCACUUCCUCUAGGUCAACUCUAGG